AUGUUCGAACAAUAAUUUUUGGAACAUCGCAAAUCCAAAUAAGAAUAAGUAAUAAAUACGAAAUCUAGACAUUUAAUUGUUAUGAAUUAAUUAAAGAAGAAAGUAUUUAUAAUUUAAUGAUUCACUUAGGAAGAAAAUUGGAAUAAUAGAUUUUAUGUUUAAAAUUAAAAUAAAAAUGAAUCUGUCGAAAAACAGAAACCAAAGUAAAUGAAUAAUACAUUAAAAUUACUGGAAAUGUAAGAUCAUUACAAUAUACCUGAGUUUCAUAGGUAAAGUGAAACCUUUUAUUAUUUAGAUAGUUAUUUUUGAUGUGUCUACAAACUCUACCUAAAAAUAAUUAAGCAAUUCAAUUUGAAAUAGAAGAAAUGUAAUAAAAGAAAUCUCAUAUAUAAGUAUUGUUGCUGUAUAAUUUAGUUAUGCAUGUAAGCAGUAGAAGCUAGAGAGAAGUGUUUAACAUUUUUAAUUAAUCAUAUUCAAUAAUUAUUAGAUUAUCCUGGAGAUGAAUAACUAUUACAAAAAAGUGCUGAAUUAAUUACCCAUUUAAGAAUUCUCUCAAUUAAUGUGGUAGAAUAGAUUCUUGGAUGGAGAUAAUAUUUAAUGAAAUUUUUAGUCAAUAUUCAUUCUGAGGAAAGCAUAUCUCUUCCAUAUACAUAUCAAAGAGAAAAUUAUUUAAUAAAGGUUAAAUAUGACAUUAUAUAUUUUUAGAUGAGAAAGGAUAUUUUAUACAUAACAAAUUCAAUUCUAUCAAAUUAUUAUCAAUUUUCAGUUAAACCUGAUCCUUUUUUUGUGGCAAUAACUAAACCAGCCGAAGAUCCUAAUAAGAUAGUUUAAUUCAUAUCUAAGCCUCUAUUAAAAAGAAUUAAAAAUUGUGAAAUCAUAAUAUAAGAAGAAACUUAAUCAAUUUCUAAGGAUGAUAAAUCAAUUCACAAUUAAACAAAUUCAAGAGAUCAAAUUAAAAUGAGUCCUGAAAAAGCCAUUCAACCAGGACGUAUAAGACCUCCUAAAAGAUAAGAACAAAGUUAAAAUUAAAAAGUAAUAAGCUUUUUUAUUUUAUUUAUAGCGUAUAAUUUAUAAGUAACUUGAUCAUAAUGAAUUAACUAAUUAAACAUAAAAUUCAGUUCCAAAAAAUAUUCCAUUAAAAUAACCAAAUAAAUAAGGAAGUGCUACUCCUUAGAAAUAAAAUUCACUGAAAGUAACACCAAAUGAUUCCAAUAAUAAGCAAUAAGUAUAAGAAAGUAUUCCUCCAUCAGAACAAAAGAAAUUAAAUUUAGUUCAUGCAGCUGUACCUAUUGUUGAGUAAUAAAAUGUAAUUAAUGAUGAUGAUGAUGAAACAUUCAAAGUUAAAAAAUGUUAAUUAAAUGAUCAAAUAGUAAUUGAUCAUCUAAAUAAUAUUAAUGAAGAUUUCUAAAAAUCUUGGAGGGGAGAGAUUUAAUUGAUGCAAAAUUAAUAUAAUCAAUAUGAUGAUAGCUUUUGUUUGGGAAUAUAUUAGAAAUCAUAAUUAUUAGCUUUAGGUUAAUGUUAUCUAGAUUAGUCUUUAUAAGAAAGAAGAUUGAUGUUAAGUCAUUUCUCAACUAGAGAUCCAUAAUAAUUUUAAGAGUUACUUAAAAUUAUUCUUAAAUUUAUAUGGGAAAUUGAUCCUUGUUAAGAAAUUAGAAUGUCGUUAUAUCAUUAUAAUUAAAAUGAUUCAUUUUAAGCCAAUAAGGAAAUUACAGCAAAAUUGAAAGAAUUGGGGUUUAAAUGGAAAGUAGUAUAGAGUGUAAAUUCAGAAACAAGAUUUACUGUUAUGGGUAAUAAUAUAUGUAAGCUUAUAAUAGCUGUCAGAAGACCUACUGAUAUAGAUCCACCAAAACAGUUUGAUCCAAUAUUUUUAUAGCAUCUUUAUCUUACUUGUGAUAAAAAUGCUAUUUAAAAUGCAGAUUCUUUUAUUUCACUAUACUGUCUAGCAACUUUAAACACUAAAAUAGAUUUGGAUGAUGAAAUAAUCAGUCAGUACAAAAAUAACCUUGUACAAGCAGUAUACUGUUUAAAAUAUAAUAGGAGUUUGGAUUUAAGGGGAUUAAAAUAUAAGAACAUUCUUAAAAUGACUUUAAUGUCUAUAUGAAUCAAUAUUUUGAAGGCUUUGAUUAAAUCAAUCCAUCUAAUUCUGAAGUUACACUUUCGUCAGAUAAGGUGAUUAGUAGUUUUUGUAAAGAGUGUUAUAGGUGGUCAAAUUGUAGAUUAGCAUAACAUCAAAGACUUAUUUAUAAUGGAUUCUAAACUGUAACUAAUGUUGAUAAUGCAAAAGUAUUUAUGUCUGAUUCAGGAAAUCUGAAAGUUUAUUUGAUAUCCACUGAUUAAAGCAAUACAAGUAUCUUUGUAUUUGAAUGUAACUUAUAAAUUUUAUUUUAGAUAAUGAAGAAAUAUCAUUAUAAAAGGUUCAGUCUAUUUUAAAUUAAUGUGGAGCAUAAGUUCCAAUUGAUUAAAAUCUUUAUGUUCCCUAAUUUAUUGUGAAUAAUAAAGUUAAGGUGUCAAAUACUGUAAUAGGAUUAGGUAGGUUUAGUACUGCUUAUAGACCUAAAAUGGUUGAUAUCUAAAGUGCUCAGGGAUAUAUUAUCAAGCCUCCAUUUAUAUUUGGUAUAUCGUAUUAAUAAAAUUUAGGAAUUAUAAAUGAGGAUUUCAAUGAGAUAACAGGAAUGCCUAAUUUAUUUUUUAAAGUUCAUGAUACUCACUGUAUCUAACUAUGA